AUGCUACUCGGUGCGCCAGUCAGUUGGGGCAGCAAGAAGCAGCCAAGUGUUUCGUUGUCCACGAGUGAAGCCGAAUACAUCGCACUCAGCUUGGCGAUUCAAGAGGGCAAGUGGAUUCAUCGUCUGCUUUGUGAGAUCGUGAUGGCUGCCAAUGAAGAAGGACCGGAACUCAUGAUCCAUGAAGACAAUCAGUCGUGUAUCAAGAUGACGAAGAACCCAGUCAACCACGGCCGUGCCAAGCACAUUGAUAUCAAGUACCAUCACAUCCGUGAUGAGGUCAAGCGCGGUGAAGUGAAGCUCAAGUACUGUGAAACUGCGGUGAUGUUAGCGGACAUCAUGACGAAGGGACUUCACGGGCCACGCCACAAGGAGAUGACGGCGACUCUCGGGAUUCGUGAGCAUUCGGAUUGA